GGCUGAGAGCUUAUUAUUAUUUAUGUUGCCGGGAAGGGAAACUGAGGUUGCGCAGCAACAAUUCAAGGGGCUGGGUCUCGAACCCCGAGAUGCCGAGUUCAGACUCCAGCCUGGUCAGGCGGAACUACGGAACGGCUGGGAGCGGCGGGAGCGGCGGACGCGAAGGGCGGAGGCACGCGCACGGAAAGCCGCCUCUGCCCACAGCCAAGAUGGCCGCGGCGGCGGCGGGAGCUCUGCACUUCCGGCUUUUGGGGCCUCUCUCUCUCCUCGUGGCCCGGCUCUCGAUGGUGGCUUGGGUCACGUGACGGGGGCGGGGGGUGGUGGCGCGUUCUCCCCCGCCGCGAGGAAACCAGCUCUCCAGGCCCGGAGGGGAGGGGGCUCGGUCUCCCACGGGGGGCGGUGACAUGUCUCUCGAAGACCCGUUUUUUGUAGUCCGAGGCGAGGUGCAGAAGGCGGUGAACACAGCCCGCGGGCUGUACCAGCGCUGGUGUGAGCUCCUGCAGGAGGGCGCCGCGGUCGGCCGCGAGGAGCUGGACUGGACGACCAAUGAACUGCGGAAUGGCCUGCGCAGCAUCGAGUGGGACCUCGAGGACCUGGAGGAGACCAUCGGCAUAGUGGAAGCCAACCCAGGCAAGUUCAAGCUCCCAGCUGGGGACCUGCAGGAGAGAAAGGUCUUCGUGGAGCGGAUGCGGGAAGCGGUCCAGGAAAUGAAGGACCAUAUGGUCAGCCCAGCAGCCGUAGCCUUCAUGGAGAGAAAUAAUAGAGAGAUGCUAAUGGGCAAGCCAACUGCCCAGAAGCCAUCCAGUGACCUGCUGGAUGCCAGCGUGGUAUCGGUCACCUCUCGCUACAUUGAGGAGCAACAGGCCACACAGCAGCUGAUCAUGGACCAACAGGAUGAACAGCUGGAAAUGGUGUCUGGGAGCAUCCGGGUUCUGAAACACAUGUCCAGCCGCGUUGGGGAGGAGCUGGAUGAGCAGGGCAUCAUGCUGGACACCUUUGCUCAUGAGAUGGACCACACCCAAUCCCGGAUGGAUGGGGUCCUCAGGAAGAUGGCCAAAGUGUCCCAUAUGACAAGUGACCGCCGACAGUGGUGUGCAAUUGUGGUGCUGUUGGGGGUGCUUCUCCUGGUUCUCAUCCUGCUCUUCUCUCUCUGAUCCUGGCUCUCCCAGGGGGCUGAUCCCUCAAGCUGGGGGAGCUGGUAGGGCCCUGCCCCCUGGGAGGAGGGUAUCAUGUUUGGGGAGUUGUCCCAAGGCUCUCGAGAGCCAGUGGGACCUUCAGGGCCCUUGGUUGGAGCCCCCGCCACUGGUCCUUUCUCAAGUGCACUUAGGGGGUGGUGGAGGUAGGGGGACCUCAGAUACACCCUGCCCCAUUUCUAUUUCCAGUGUCCCAAAGCCAUUUAUUCACCCCUAUGCCUUCUAUAUGUGCCAACUUGGAAAUAAAAUCCCAGCCUUUUUUAUACGUAUUUAGAUCAUAUGGUAUGUUGACUCUAAACUUGUGGCUGCUUCCUGAGUGGGAACUCUAAACUUCAUUUGCACGCACAGGUGUGUGCGUGUGUGUACGCAUGUGUGCGUGUUAGGGAUUUCAGUGGCCAGUAUUAGGUGCAGAAAAGACUAUUCUGGUUAAUUUCUUGGUUUUCAUGAUGGAUAAUUUUAUUGCCACUGAAAAUUUUAAACCAUGAAUGUUUCUUGAGCGUUUGAAGUUCAACCUAAACAUCUUUUGCCUGUUCUGUACCCAAAGUAGGUAAAUGCUUUAGCCAUGGAGCUGAGUGGUCACUUCUGAGGUGCCUCCAAGUAACGCUGGGCUCCACUGCACAGCUGGUUUCUAGUUCCCUCUGUGAUGCAUCACUCUAAUAGGGCAGCGUUUGUAAAUUUAAGGGCUUUGCCAUAGAGCCUUCCUGAGUGUGAAAUGAUUCCUAUAUAAGCUGGGUAAACUUGUAAGCACUGUGAACCUUAGAUAUCAUCAGACCUUUCCAUCCCCCACAUUAAUCAGGCGUGGGAACCAUGAAUCUCACUCAUAUACACGUUCUGGAGUGCUGUAUGUUACCAGGAUGCUACUCUAUCAGGCCAGUUAGUCAAAAAAGAACCAAGUAUGUACAGACUCCUUUUUUAUGUGAUGGUUUGGGUUCUCUUGGCCCAUUCUAUACUCAGUUCUAAGUCUUUCUGGGGUUAAAAGAUGUGCUUCUGGGAGUCAGGUGGGGCAGCAUCACCUCUGAAUUUUUGUUGGCAAUGUUGUUGGUCCUCAAAACCCCUGACAGCUGAUGCUGGACUUCAGGACCCCAAAUGGGCUGGUCUUACUGAGACAUACCCAGUUCAUCCUGUGAAUUGUAGUACAGUUGACCUCUGAACAACACAGGCUUAAACUGUGCAGUCCAUUUAUAUGCUGAUUUUAAAAAUAAACACUAUAAAUGUA